CGAAAGUGGUCGAGCUAGAGCAAGAGCGUAGUUAGUUAGUUCGGACGCGCAUUAUACGACGCAGUGUGUUUGUGUUUUGGAACAGUUUUGAUUACGUACGAUGGCAAGCGAAGCUGAAAGAUUAAUCGGCAUCUCUCUGACGAAAAUCGCGCAGAGCAGAUCGCAUCGUGGCGGCGUGAGUUUACACAAGAACUUACUUGUUGCGACUGUGUUACAAAAAGCACGCUAUAUAUUCAUGGAAGAAGCGUAUAACAUGGUGCAUUAUCAACCGCCUACACCUGUACAAUCCAGGAGUGUUAUAACGCAGCAACAGGACGAUUUAGUGGGGUUGACGGCCGAGGAAGCGGGGUUAGAAUCGAGUGCUUCGUCGGAAACAAUCCAAGAGUCGUCAUCGAGUGAAUAUUUACAACCGACCUGUGUGAAGUGUUCCGAAAAUCAGAAUAAAGAAAACCACCCUCCUUACAGUUCGGAACUAACGUAUUUAGACUUGGAUAAAUCCUCGAACGUGCUGAAAGAACGUAGUAAUUCGCCGUCGUUGAAACGACGUCGUGCGGUGGCGGAAUGGGAGACCGAAGAAGCCGUCCAAUCAAUCCUACCGAAGAAAAGCAAGCAAGAGGACGACAAUGACGAUUCGGUGUUUCUGGAUAACGCCACUUUACUAUCGGACAGCGUGAGUAAAGAAAUCACCGCCGAGAGGCAGCAAGAAUCAACUGGUUCGUCAAUGGAGAUUGAUCGCAUUACGUCAUUAGUGUCCAUAUUUAGUUUUAGUAUGGGAGAUGGGAAACUCAACAGGUCCAUGUCGACGCCGGAUUUGUGUUCGGCGCAAGCCAAAGACACGCCGGACAGUUUACAACAAAGACAGUUUAUAGCCAUGACUGUGUAAUUAGACUAGUUAAGUGUUUUUUAGGUCAAUUUUAUAGACUAUAUCGCAGUUGUUAUACGAUCUCUACAACGAAACCGAUUUUCUUCGCAAUCUCAAAUCUUUUAGUGAAAUUAAUUUUCCCCGUUUUUUUUUUCUUAAUUAUUCUGUCUUUGUGAUACUUAAUUUAUUAUUUUUGUGAAGAGAAUCGUCGCAAUUGCGCCAAGCCGAGACCAUUGUGAUAGUGAGAAAUGUUUGUUAACUAAAUUUUUAAAUAAUUGAAAUAAUAAGCGGAUGCAUGAGACCGUCGUGACCAUGGCAGUUUAAAAAAGUUGUCUGUCCUUUUGGGGGCCAUCUGCUCUGUGUGAAUACAUUCCAUGUUCGUUGGGUACCUACCGGAUAUGCUCUUAGGUAGUGGUUUCUUUUCUACCUGGACUUUUGUAGAGAAGGGUGGCUUCCUAUUUUUUUUUUUGAAUUGUUCAUGGUUGCUGACGCUAUAUUUGUAUAUAAUUGAAAAGUGUAUAGCUCUGUUUUAAGAGUGUUUUAUUCUUGUAUAUAUUAUUAAUAUUACGUGGUACCUAUAUGUUUAAAAUAAACAUUUUUUUAUUGAA